ACCGUGAUGUUAUGAUACAGCGCCGGCUAGUGGCUGACACGUGAACUAGUUAUCAGUCAGCUGUAUUUUUUCCUCUGCAAGACGAGCCUAUAUGCGCAAAUAUGCGUUCAUCUCUUUCCCGAGCAGGUACAGUGACAUCGAUCGGUCGCGGCGCGCUCUUUCCGGCCAGUCCGCGGCGGCCUCGCUGACGUGUCGCCAGUGCGCGUGUGUAGUCCCAGUGAGUCUCCGCUAUCGAUCCGCGAACGGAGCCGCAUUGCUGUACAUUCCGGAGGCGGUGCCUCGCCUGGUUUCCGUCGAUUGUCGGCGCGGCUGGCGCGAGUCGGCGUCGGCGGCGGCCCGCGGGCCUGCGCAGUAGAGGCGCGAGUGGCGCGGGAGAGCCCGACCUUCCUUCCGCCAAAACCGGCUCGCUGUCCGCGGCGGACGGCUGUGAUGUAGCCGGGGCCGGCGCGAGCGGCCUUCGGACAAAGGACCCGCCACCGAUCGGUGAUUCGCGAUGAAGAAGUUCACGUUCAAGGGGGUGCUGGACGGGUUCCGCAGCUCGGUGCAGGCCGCGCCGCGAGGCCUCGACCAGGAGAUACAGGAGACGCUGCGCCCGGACCACUUCCAAAUUAAAAAGACAUUCCGGCAUGGGUUCCCUUUCGCGCCGACAGCCCUCGCCUGGGACCCCAUCCAGAAGCUCCUCGCCGUCGGAGACAAGGGCGGCAACCUCAGAAUACUUGGCAGACCAGGCGUGGAUGCUCACGUCCGCCAUGAAGCAGGAGAAGCAGUUCUCCACGCCAAAUUCCUGAUCAACGAGGGUGCGCUGGUCACAGCGACUGCUGACGACCAGCUCCACCUGUGGACCUUCAGGCAAAAGUCCCCACAUCGCGCACAAUCGCUCAAGUUCCAACGAGAAAGGAUUACUUGUCUCCACCUGCCGUUGCAGUCGAAAUGGGUGCACGUGGGCACCGAACGUGGGAACGUACACGUGGUCAAUAUAGAGACGUUCGCGCUGAGCGGUUACGUCAUCAACUGGAACAAAGCCAUCGAAGUGACAAGACCAAACCACCCCGGGGCUGUGGUGGAGAUCAGCGACAACCCCCUGGACGCAAGCAAGUUGGUGAUCGCGUACGAGACGGGUCUAGUAGUGGUGUGGGACCUGCGGGCCCGCGCUGCCGAGUGGCGCGGCUCGCUGGGCACCGGCGCCCCAGGGGAGGGCGUGAGAGCCGCCGCCUGGCAGCACGACGGGAAGCUCAUGACCGCACACGUGGACGGGGCCCUGGCCACCUGGACCACCAGGGCUCCUAGGCCCGCCACACUCUCCUAUCCACACGCUAAAGCAAAUAAAGACGGCAAGUUAGAACCCUGCAAGCCUAUAAUGCGACUGGAAUGGAAGACGUACAGAACCGGUGAGAGCCUGGUGAUAUUCUCCGGGGGUCUACCGACGGAUAAGGCUGGCCGUACACACAGCAUAACAGUGCUGAACGGCAAAACCACCACCGUGCUGGAGAUGGAGCACAGCGUGGUGGACUUCGUCACGCUGUGUGAGACACCACACGCCGCAGAUUAUCAGGAGCCGUACGCAAUAGUGGUGCUGCUGCAGAACGACCUGGUGGUGAUCGACCUGCUGUCUCCAGGGUACCCCUGCUUCGAGAACCCUUACCCCAUGGAUAUACACGAGUCGCCAGUCACCUGCUGUUCAUAUUUCGCCGAUUGCCCGUCAGAUCUGAUCCCAGCGUUCUACUCUGUGGGUCGGCAAGUUAACAAAAAAACCACAGGCUUCAGCGAGAAGUUAUGGCCAAUCAACGGCGGAGAAUGGGCACCGGCCUCGUGUUCCUACAGCGAGAUCAUACUCACCGGUCACGCGGACGGCAGUGUCAAAUUUUGGGACGCAAGCGCCGGGACUGUGCAAAUAUUGUACAAAUUGAAAUGUUCAAAAGUGUUCGAGCGUCGAGGGGGCGGCGCGGGGGGCGCGGGGGGCGCGUACGGCGCGGAGGAGGCGUGGCUGAGCGUGCAGCAGCUGGCGCUGUGCGCGGAGUCGCGGCGGCUGGCGGUGGCGCUGCCGCACGGACACGUCGUGCUGUUCAAGUUCCGCAAGGCCGACACCGUCGCAGAGACGCACGUUUUGGAGAUACCUGUGAUAACAGACUCGGUGGAGGAGGAGCCCUCCCCCGAGGCGGAGGCCGGCCGUAGCCUGCCGCCCGAAGCGGACCCGAGAAGGGGCGGGUCCGGGGCCGGGCCCGGGGCCGGGUGCGGGGUGCGGGUGCGGGGCGCGGCGGGGGCGGGGGGCGUGCGGCGCGCGGCUGGCUUCCAGCCGGCGCUGGUGGCGCUGCAGCUGGGCCCGCCCGCGCCCGUCGCCGCGCUCACGCUCAACUCCUCCUACGGACUGAUGGCGUGGGGCGGCGAGCGCGGCGUGGUGGUGGCGGACGUGUGGCGGCGCGGCGUGGUGGCGGCGCUGGCGGCGGCGCAGCUGCACCACGCGCCCGCACGCUCCGAGCGGCAGCGCUCGCCCUCGCUCGACCAGCUGGAGGAGAGCGGCCCGGGGCCCGCGCCGGCGCCGAGCCCCGCCGAGCCCGGCGACGAGCCCGACGCGCCCAAGACGGACGUCCGCCGCAAGUCCACACCCUGGAAGACCUUCAACCUCAAGCGCCAGCUCUCCCGGGUGGACCUGAAGCUGAAGGCCGCGUUCUCGACGCCCGCCGAGAGCGACGUCGCGAUCGAGAAGGGAGAGUCCCGAUUUUACUGCGAGACGGUCGAGAGGCCCGAGACGAGCGAGUCGGCCGCGCAGUCGCCGGAGGCCGAGGACGAGGAGCGCGGGCGGCUGGCGUCGCCGCUGCGGGUGUGCUCGGACGUGUUCGAGCGGAUGCACCGCGAGCUGCAGGAGCGGCGCUCGGGCGACGUGUACGACCGCAUGCACCGAGAGCUGCACGAGCGCUGGCAGGACAAGGAGGGGCGCGAGCCGGACGCGGAGCACCCGCCGGGGCCCGAGGCGGAGCCCGCGCGCGGCCCGUCCCCGGAGCGCGCCGCGCGCCCCGACAACCUACCGUUGUUCGACGGACGGCCGGACACGCGGCCGGACGCGCGGCCGGACGAGCCCGAACGGCCCGACGACGCGGCGGACGAGCGACCGGUGCGGCCGCCGCGGCGCGCCAAGCCGGACGGGCCGGACAGGGCGGAGCGGCCGGACAAGCGCGACCAGAGACUGCUGUCGGUGCCCAACAUUAAGUUCAGUAAGCAGGAGGGCGCCCGCGAGCGGCGGCGGCCGGGGGCGCAGGCCUCGUUCGCCGGCAGCCUGAUGCGGCGUUUCAGGCGGGCGGCGGCGUGGCUGUGUCCGACGCGGGACGACGGCGGCUAAUCUGGUUCUGUUGUGUUGCCAACCGGCCGGGUAGACAAGCUGGACAGUUCGUUCUCACGGUCGCGCUCCAGCAGUAUGUCAAGUCUAGAAAACAUCUCCCAAGAAGGCAUACAGUUCCUUGCAUUUGCCGAUAGUUACACUACCAAAUCAGAUCCUACGCAACUGGUGCCGACGCUAUGGAUCGGAACUACUUUGGGGUCUGUGCUCACAAUGAAGAUAAAUCUGCCUGAAGCCGAUCAGAGGCACACACAGCCCGUCGUUGUCUCCACCAGUGGUGGUCCGUUAUUUAGGUUAAGAGGGUCAAUUUUGACCAUGUCAUUUCUUGACUGCAAUGGUGCUUUAAUCCCUUACUCAUACGAAAGUUGGAAGGACGACAGCAAGGAUGCACGCGAGCGACGGGAGCGCACGCCCACGAAGCAGGGCUCCAGCGGCAGCGGCAGCCGCAUGAGUCCCACGCCGGCGCCCGAGCCCCCUCCGGCCGCCGACCGCCAGUUCGUGGUGGUGGCCUCCGAGAAACAGGCCCGCGUCGUGGCGCUGCCCAGCCAGAACUGUGUCUACCGGCAGCAGAUCGUCGACACGGACUUCGUCGUCAAAGCGGAGAUCGUCAGCCUGAAAGAUAGUGUAUGUCUCGUCAAUUACCUGUCGACCGGCCACCUGGUCGCGUACAGUCUGCCUUCCCUGCGGCCGCUCGUAGACGUUGACUUCCUUCCUCUCUCAGAGCUUAGCUUCCAGACACAGUCCAAACAGAGGGGUAUCGUAGACCCAAUGCUCUCCAUAUGGGGCCAACAACUGAUUGUUAACGAGGACACGGACCAGAUAGCGAAGACCUUCUGCUUUAGCAACCGGGGCCAUGGACUAUACCUCGCCUCUCCCACUGAAAUACAGAAGUUCACAGUGGAUGCUGAAUUCUGUUACCAACUGAACGAGAUGAUAGGCGAACUGUUCCUGCCGCGCGACAUGCCGGAGCCUCCCAAGGAGAGUUUCUUCCGCGGCCUCUUCGGAGGUGGCUCGAGACCCCUCGACAGGGAGGAACUUUUCGGCGAGGGCAGCGGCAAGCCGAACCGUUCGGUGGCGAAGCACAUCCCGGGACAGACUGGCUCCAUCGAGGUGAUGAGCGCGCGCGCGGGCUCGGCCGCCGGGGAGGUGGCGCGCGCGCACCAGCUGGUGCUGGAGCGCGGCGACAAGCUCUCGCAGCUCGAGGACCGCACCGAGCGCAUGCACUCGCAGGCCGCGGAGUUCUCCUCCUCGGCGCACCAGCUCAUGCUCAAGUACAAGGACAAGAAGUGGUACCAGCUGUGAGCCCUCCCUCCCUUCCGCACCGCGCACGACUCGCCGCCGAGCAGUCGCGGCGUCCUUCAAUUACUCCGUGCCUGAGGCCGGCGACUCUCGCUCCGCAUCCGCUCGCGCGAUGUGAUAUUGUAAAUAUGAAAGCGUUGUAACUAAUCUAGUGGAACUUUUUAUACGACGUGCCGUCUGCGAGCUACCCCCCAUCCCCCUCCCGUACCUCGCCGCCGCCCCCCGCGUGGCCCUCGCCGCCUCCGUCUCUUCCCCUCCUCCCCCUUUCUCGCCCUCGAGCCGCUGAGACUCGCGCCAGCGCCGCGACACUUGAGAUUCCGCAAGUCGCCGCAGCGACGUCAAAUAAAUUGUAGUUGUAAAUUUUAUAGUUACGAUGAUUAUACUAAUGAUAGUGGACGAUAUCGAUCUGUAUAAAGUGUUAAGUAAAUAAAUAAAACGAUACUUAUAAAGAUUGGAAAAUUAAGCAUUGGAUGACAAUAAUUUUUGUUACACUCGCCGGUGGUCCCCCGGCCGCCCGGGCCGCGUCCUGCGCCUGCACCCCCUCCCCCGCCAC